AUGGCAGAAGGUUCUGGUUCCUAUCCGUUUCCGUCCACUCUUCAUGUUGCUAGUUCCGUUACCAUCAAACUGAGUGAUAGUAACUAUCUCCUCUGGAAAACCCAGUUCGAGUCGCUGCUUCGGUGUCAAAAGCUUCUUGGUUUUGUCCAUGGGUCAGUCCCGAAACCCCCACCGGUUAUAGUCACUAACACUAACAAUCAUGCUGUCGAAGCUCCAAAUCCGGCGUAUGAAGACUGGAUCUGCAUGGACGAGCUCAUCAAGUCUUGGAUUUUUGGUACACUCACUGAAGAGGUGCUCGGUCUCUUUCACGCCUUACCCACCUCUCAAGAUGUCUGGUUGUCCCUUGCUGGCAAUUUUAACAAGAGUUCUGUUGCACGGGAAUUUGAUCUCCGCCAUCGCCUUCAACUCCUGAACAUCAAAGGUAUAACCUUUACUGAUUACUGUCAUGAGUUCCAGGCUGUAUGUGAUAAUUUGAGUUCCAUUGGAAACCGGUCGAUGAAAACAUGA